ACUGCCUUGCACUUGCUGGGCCAACCCGAGGCGCUGGACCGCCGCGCCAUCCUUGCGUUUGUCGAGCAGUGCUUCGAUGAAACGAGCGGUGGCUUCUCAUGCGCGCCCGACAAUGACCCUCACCUACUGUACACACUCUCUGCCAUCCAAAUCCUUUGCACCUACGACGCCAUGGAGGACCGCUACGCAGCCGGGGCCACUCGCUUUGUCGUUGCCCUCCAGAAGGCCGAUGGCUCUUUUGCUGGUGAUCGCUGGGAUGAGAUUGACACUCGUUUCUCCCUCUGUGCCCUGGCCACCCUUAAGCUACUCGGGACCAUGGAUCAGCUCAACCUCGAGGCUGCCGUCGACUACGUCCUGCGCUGUAUGAACUUUGAUGGUGGUUUUGGCGUCAGCCCAGCGUCGGAAAGCCAUGCAGGACAAAUCUUUUGCUGCGUGGGUGCACUGGCCAUAGCAGAUGAAUUAGCUCGUGUUGACGAUCAACUCCUAGGCUGGUGGCUCGCCGAACGACAGCUCCCCUCUGGUGGAUUCAAUGGCCGCCCGGAAAAAUUGCCUGACGUCUGCUAUUCUUGGUGGGUUCUUUCUGCCAUGAGCUGUCUCAAUAAACUUGACUGGAUUGAUCAGGAUCAGCUUCGUGCCUUCAUCUUAGCCUGCCAAGACGAUGAAACGGGCGGUAUUGCCGAUCGGCCUGGUGACAUGGUAGAUCCCUUCCACACACAUUUUGGUCUAGCAGGUCUCUCUCUGCUGGGUGAGCCGAGUCUGGCGCCCGUAAACCCCAUUUUCUGCAUGCCACAGGCUGUCAUUGAUCGGGUUUUGGGCGAUAAGCAACCCCGUCUGCUGCGCAGCGGCAAAUGA